AUGUCUGCCUCCGCUGCUGUCGCACUCGCCCGUGCACAAGCCCAAGCUCACGCACACGCCCGUGCCUAUCCUGCUAUCACUCUUUCAGAGGCCUCCACAGAGCCAAGGUCCAGACAUGUCCAUGAGACACUCAUGGGCUCCAUGAUGGCACGGUCUACACCUAGGGUCUUGUUCUUCUCGAAACAUGUCAGGCGCACUAUCACCCUGCUUGAAGCCCUUGCCGCUAUUUUGUCAUUUUCCCUCUUGGUUAUCUUGUGCGUCUUGCAUACGAGGUUUGUCAGGAGCCAUGGUUGUGCACCGCUCCUUCAUGGAUGGGACCUCGCACAAGCCCAUCAGCCAGACGCAGAGGGCAAGGCACAAGUUAUCGAGAUUGGCUUGCUGCAUGCCCACGAUCCUGUUCCGCGAGCGAGGUUCCGCUUUUCUCAGGAAAGAGGCCUCUUGCUCCUGUCUGACCGCUCCCUCAACGCCUUGAAUGUCACAGUGGCUCGUAUCCCCUUGCCGUCCAGCCAUAUUUGCCUUGGUGAUGCGGCUUCCAGAUUUAUCUUGCUCCGGGUUGUGGGCUACGAGACUGUUGUCAUGAAUGCGUUUGCCAAAAUGAGAAGACGCAUUAAAAGCCCACACGGGUAUGUACUCUCGUUGCAAACAAGAAGGGUCCUCAACCUCAUGCAUGCUGAUCCGGGUCUGGCACCUGAACAGAUGCAUGCCGUAACGCGAAUAGCCUUGCGCCUCGUAUGGAAGUGCGGUGCGAUCCUCACUGCUGCUUUCAUCAUGUGCACCACGGGCGCUUUGGUUGCCUUCACGCUAAAGGAGGUUCAAUUACGUAUGAUCAAGCUCACCAUGGAUUUGCAGUAUGUUAUGCGCUCCCAGAUGGGUUAUGGCCACGUGAUUGUACGGUAUGCGAUGGACGCUCUUGUCUUCGUGCCCAUCAUCGCGGGAAUGCUGUUUUUUCUCUUCGAGUUUUUCGAUGACCAAGCCCUAGCAUUCGUCGUCCUUAUUCUUACGUGGCUAUGCGAGUUGGCAGCGAGUGGUAGCACUCGCCAUUGGAUCAGUCGCCAGUAUUUGCCAAGACUCUUCCUGUGCUAUUUCGGCGCCUUUCACGUUUACUUUUUCUCGUUUCCCCUUGGAUUUAGCUGGCUUUCCCUCGCAACAGGCUUGUUAUUUAUGGUUCAUGCAGCGCUAUCCGUGUGGAACCAUUGCGAGUUGCCCUUGCUGCGACGACAGCGAGACACUCCGCCGCGGCAGAGGUCGAGGUAGUUCCAUGCUACGUAUGAACUAGUGUUGCAACCACGCCACGGCUGUUGUUACGCCCUGCUGUCAUUCUGCGCACGAACAUUGCGUGGAUGUACUACAGAUUGUAUUAGUACCAUACGUCAGCACAUAGAGUCAGACAUUUGGACGAAGUUGUAAUGUUAUGGUAAUGACAUGAACUUAUACUAACUUUAUUAGUGAAAGCCGUCGAGACCUGCGAUGCGUGGUCUUGGAAUUGCAUAUCUCAGGAAAGUUCCUUUGUUCUGAAGAUCCUCCCUGACUUGAGUUACAGUAAUCAUCUUUUGGGCUCAGUAGGACCUACCCCCGUUUUGUAGUCAGUCGAGAGUCUAAUUUUUAGCCAUAAACCGCCUAAGUCUGUGACC